AUGCCUGGCCUACCGGCUAGUAUCGAUCUGGACGAGUGCAUCGAGAGGUUGUAUAGAAAAGAACUGUUAGCGGACACGGUAAUCGAGGCGAUAUGCUCCAAAGCCAAAGAACUAUUGAUGAAAGAGAGCAAUGUCGUCCACAUUGCAGCGCCAGUUACGGUGGUGGGAGAUAUUCACGGGCAAUUCUUUGAUAUGAUUGAGAUCUUCAAAAUUGGCGGGUUUUGUCCCAACACAAAUUACUUGUUCCUUGGCGACUAUGUCGACCGAGGUCUUUUCAGCGUCGAAACAAUAUCUCUCCUUGUCUGCCUCAAGCUCCGCUAUCCGCAACGCGUCCAUCUUAUCCGCGGGAACCACGAAUCGCGAGGCGUCACCCAGUCCUAUGGCUUCUACACCGAAUGCGCUCGGAAAUACGGCAAUGCCAACGUCUGGCACUAUUUCACUGACAUGUUCGACUUCCUCACUCUUAGUGUGGUAAUCAACGAUCAGAUCUUUUGCGUGCACGGUGGCCUCUCCCCCUCCAUCCAUUCAAUAGACCAGAUCAAAAUCAUCGACCGGUUUCGCGAAAUCCCACACGAGGGCCCUAUGGCAGACCUCGUCUGGUCAGAUCCGGAUACAGAACGUGAUGAGUUCUCUCUGUCACCUCGAGGCGCGGGGUAUACCUUCGGAGCGCAGGUCGUUCGGAAAUUCCUCGAAGUCAAUAGCAUGUCACAUAUCCUGCGAGCGCACCAGCUUUGUCAAGAGGGAUACCAGGUCCUCUAUGAUGACCGGCUAAGUACGGUCUGGAGCGCACCAAAUUACUGCUACCGAUGUGGCAAUCUGGCCAGUGUGCUUGAGGUUAGUGAUACUGGCGAACGGUUUUUCAAUAUAUUUGAUGCGGCACCUGAAAAUGAUAUCCACCGCGGGGAGCAGCAGGCGCAGCAAAGCAAGGACGGCCAGGGCCCUGUGAUCGACUACUUUCUGUGA